UACACUCACGCCGAGGCUUCCCUUUUCUCCUUUUUUCCCCCCUCACAAUGUUUUUUUAAUUUAUUUUGUUUUACCGAUUAUGUUUUCAAAUAUAACUACUAUUUAGGACAAGUACCUAAAACUUCAUGGUUUAUGAAGCCGUGUAAUAAUAACGGCAGUUGCUGAAAUCUCGCGAGGUUUCCGAGAUCUCAUCUGAUCUUGCGAAACGCGGCCGCACAUCAUUCCGGAGGAGACGACGACGUCUGGGUGGAGGGUCUUGAGGUGAGCUUAUACAUACAUACAUACAUACAGUACUCCCAGCCAUGUUUACACACGUUGUUUACUCCUCUGUAUCGGUGUUUACGAAGCUAGUGCAUUUUAUACAACUUGUGUUUCGAGACAGGAACAAACAGAGGCUUGUGUGCGGCUUGUUUUUGUUAGAGAGAGAGAGAGAGAGAGAGUCUUGUAAUGGAGAAAAAAGUGUCUCUGAAACGUGUUCGCCCAGACUCUGUGUAUCAUUUCAGUACAGUUGUUUUAAGUGAAUAAAGAAGACGAUACUGUGUGUAGAUGUGUAAUGGUUUGUGUAAUAAGUGGAAAUGGGUUUAGGUUUCUCUCUCUUGCUCGUUUGAGAGAGAGAGAGAGACACAUGGUGUCAAAGAGCUACAUUGUAUUCAGCAGAAUUAAAGCAGUAGAGCAUUAGAUAGGAUAUAUAGGAUAUAUAACAUCAGUGCAAAACAUUGUAGUCAGGAGUGUGAUUUAUAAAUUACUAACCCCUCUUGGAUGUCUUCCCUGCUGUGGAAAAAACAAACCGUUACCGAAAUUCUAACGGUUUCCACUACAAAUACCAUUACAAACCAGCAGCUAACCAUUAAAACCAUUACCAAAUGUCAAUGGUGUUCUAUUGGUUCUUAAUGGUAUCCACUAGACAUAACAUGCCACCGCUAGAAGGCUACAGAUGACCAGUAGAGACCUACAGGAUCUAUUAGAGUUUCCAGUUUCUGUUCCCAUUAUAACCGUUAAAAAUUGUUUGAGGGUUUCUAUCGUUUUGUUUUGUUUUCUUUCCUUCAGCAGGGUUAUGAUGAUGAUGACGAUAACGGUUUGUAUGUAGGUCAUGUAUUUUUUUCAGGGCUAGUUUCACAUUUUCCGUUCAGUACUAUCGAUACUUCCGCUUAAGAAGGAUGAAGAAGAGGACAUAACAUUUUGUGACUUCACAAAACAUUCUUGCCAGCCUAAACCAAUCAGGGUCUCGUAUGCUAAUUAGUAGAUCGGGACGUAGGAAACGAGGCGAUGAUGAGGUUGUGUCCAUUUACUUUUUUCAAAUAGUGUAAGCCCUAUUCGAACAGGAUUAAUUUGAAAUCAGGUUCUGGGGUAAUUUGGUAUUUUACAGGAGCUCCUCUGUGACUUUAUUUCCUUCCGGAUCAGCCAUGUUAGUGUUUUUCUCCAUCCUUCUCUGAGAAAUGUACAGGCUUCUCUCUCCUCCAGUGCUUCUUCGACUGCUUAGAUGCCCUGCUGUGAAUGGUGUGUGAUCAUAUGACCACAUAAUCAUAUGAACAUCCCGGUUCAUAGAAAAUGUAACCUUUUAGAAACUUGCUCCUCGUGUGCUCAUUUUAUUGCUGUACGGAUGAGAGAGUUUUAUCACUGAGGAGACGUGUUAAAAAAAAACAAAUCCAGUCCGAAUACGGUUUUAGUAUGCCAAGGGAAAACCCAGACAUGAGGUUGGAUUUAUAUUAGAACAACUUUUAUAUAAACUGCGUACUGCAUGUCUGUGGGAUUUGGAUCAGUCAUGAGACCAUAUGGUGGCACAAGCAGAUGCUGUGACUCCUGCAUGAUACGCCUUCAUCUCUGGCCAUCCAUGCCUCGCUCCUUUUCCCCUGUCCACCAGGAAACUUACUAGCAAAUUAAAAAGUGCAAAAACAGAAGUGGUUACUGUCAAAGAAAGAAAGAGAAAUGUUACCAUUUGCUAUUUUAGGUUGCUAUACGCAUGUCAUGUGUGCUUGCAACCUUAGUUUGGCCAUUUUAGUAGAUUAUUAAAAAUUAUUAUGCAAAAAAAUUUAAUUUAAAAAUUGAUUGUCCAUCAUGUGCAUGUAUUAUUAUUAUUAUUAUUAUUAUUAUUAUUAUUGUUGUUGUUAAAUUUAGGUCACUUUUUAAAGAGCUGCCCACUAUUUAGGCUGUAAAAGUGACCACAAAGGGCCUCGACAUAGUGAAGAAACCACGUGUCUACAUUUCUGAAUAAAUAUGACCUAAAACAUCAUCAGAUUUUCACACAAGUCCUAAAAGUAGAUAAAGAAAACCCUAUUAAACACAGGAGUCAAAAACAUUAUACGUUUAUUCAUUUAUUGAUUGAGGAAAAUGAUCCAAUGCUAUAUAUCUGUGAGUGGAAAAAGUAUGUGUACUUUUGCUUUCAGUAUCUGGUGUGACCGCCUUGUAGAGUUCACUGGUAUAAUUCAGAAGUCAUUGUUCCAUCAAUGAUGGCAAGUCGUCCUGGACCAGAUGCAGCAAAACAGGACAAAACCAUCAUACUACAUGCACAUAACACAUACACCACCAUGUUUCACAGAUGGGAUAAGGUUGUUAUGCUGGAAUGUAGUGUUUUACUUUCUCCAAACAUAACGCUUCUCAUUUAUAACAAAAAUUCUAUUUUGUUCUAGGCUCCUGUGCACAUCAUUGUUGUUCAGUGUUCUCCUGAUGGUGGACUCAUGAACAUUAACAUUAGACAAUGUGAGAGAGGCCUUUAUUUGCUUAGACGUGACCCUGGACGCCUUUGUGACCUCACAGACUAUUACACGUCUUGCUCUUGGAGUGAUCUUUGUUGGUCUCCACUCAUGUGGAGGGUGACAAUGGUCUUGAAUUUCCUCCAUUUGUACACAAUCUAUCUGACUGUGGAUUGAUGGAGUCCAAACUGUUUAGAGAUUGUUUUGUAACCUUUUCCAGCCUGAUAAGCAUCAAGAACAAAAAUGUUGCCAAAAAUUCCACAGAUAAAAUACUGACAAAACAGGCUUUUUUUUCUGCUUCGUCAUCAUCCAGUCUUGUGACAAAGGUGUGGCGGUUGUCUUCAACUGCUCAUUCAAAGUCUAUACUGACUGACAUGACUUCAUGUGUAAAACUUUACUAAUGUGGCAGGUUGCAGUGGGUCACAUUACCAUCUCACAGCUAAAGGAUCUGGGGUUUGGUUUCCACUUUUCAAAAAACAUGCAGAUGACUGAUGGUGAUAUGGAGCUUCGGUGAGAAUGGAACUCUCUCUGUCCAAACCUGACAAAAUGGGAAAGACAAGGCUGUUUCGCAUCUUUCUCAUCCUGGGCUCUGUCUUCAUGAUCCUGCUAAUCAUCAUCUACUGGGAUGAUGUUGGAGCCACCCAUUUUUACCAGCACACAACCAUAUCCGGACCUCAUCCAUCCCGCCUCUCACCUGAGAGUAACGCAGCUGCCAAAAACAAAGCCGAGGACGACAAGGACGGCUCGUUCCUGGCCGACAUUGACGCUUUUGUCAACCAGUUCCUGGAAGGCACCGCCGACCCAACGGAGCAAGUGAGAGCUGAAACGCCGCCCGGUGAGACUCACAACCAGUCCUCAGAAAAACCAGAAGAACGAUUCGUCCCCAGGCGCGAGUGGAAGAUCCACCUGACCCCGAUCGCCAUCGAGAAGAAGCAAAGGCAGGACAGUAGGAAGCAGUUGAUGCACGAUCUUUGCAGCAGCAACAGCAGCUUUGACUUCCCGGGCAAGAACAGGACAUUUGAUGACAUCCCCAACAAGGAGCUGGACCACUUGAUCGUGGACGAUCGACACGGGAUCAUCUACUGCUACGUCCCCAAGGUGGCGUGCACCAACUGGAAGCGCAUCAUGAUCGUGCUGAGCGAGAGCCUGAUGGUGAACGGCUCACCCUACCAGGAUCCUCUGGAAAUCCCCGUCGAGCUCAUCCACAACAGCAGCAUGCACUUCACCUUCAACAAGUUCUGGAAGCGCUACGGCAAGUUCUCUCGUCAUUUGAUGAAAAUCAAACUCAAGAAGUACACCAAGUUCCUGUUCGUCCGAGAUCCUUUCGUGCGUCUCAUCUCGGCCUACCGCAACAAGUUUGAGCUGGAGAACGAGGACUUCUACAAACGAUUUGCUGUGAUAAUGCUGAAAAGAUACAGCAACUACGUCGACCCGCCGGCGUCCGUGGUGGACGCUUUCGCUGCUGGAAUCCGACCCACCUUUUCAAACUUUAUUCAGUAUCUGUUAGAUCCGAACACAGAGAAGGAAAUGCCAUUUAACGAGCACUGGAGGCAGAUGCACCGCUUGUGCCACCCUUGCCAGAUAAAUUACGACUUUGUGGGAAAACUGGAGACCUUGGACGAGGACGCUGAGCAUCUGUUGCGGAUCCUGCGCGUGGACAACGUUGUCCAGUUCCCACCGAGUCAUCACAACAGGACUGUCAGCAGUUGGGAGCAGGACUGGUUCGCCAACAUACCUUACGAAUCACGGAGACAGUUGUACAAGCUCUACGAGGCUGACUUCAGACUGUUUGGGUAUCCUAAACCCGAGAAGCUUUUACACGAGUGAAAUUUGUUUCUAGACAGCGAAGUAUUUUCUUGCUGUGGGUUAUUCAACUGUCCAUUUCCGCCAUGGAGAAAUAAAAUAAAACAGGUGAUUGAGAGUUUAAAUCUCAGGACUUUUUUCAGACAAUUUUCAGUUCACAAUUCUGCCUUUUAGAGUUAAUAUCUCACAAUUCAGCCUUUUUCUCAGAAUUGCACAUUUUUUCCCCCUCACAAUUUAAAUGUCAAAGAAUGCACUGACAAAGCUUCAAUCAUUCUCUCUAAAUAGGCUAUAAAAGAGUAACACUCAACAUCUAGUCAAGACAAGGAAAACCAGACACUGGCGCGCACCCGUUACCUGAAAUUAGUCACAUUUCAGGUACAGAGUCAAGUGGACGUCUACACUGCGGGGGGAAAAAGCCAGGAUUGUGAGACCUAAACUCGUAAUUGCGAGUAGUAAAGUCAAAAUCGUGCGAAAACUGUCAGAAUUGAGACGUUAACUCACAAUAGUGGGAAAUAAAGUCAGAAUUGUGAGAUUUAAACUCGAAAUUCUGAGAACUAAAAAUCGCAAUGACCUUUUUUAUUUAUUUAUUUUUCUCUGUGACGGAAACGGCCUUCCAUUAGUAAUUCAUUUGGUUAAUGAAUAGAUUUUUUUUUUUUUUGGUCUGAUUUGCAUCCCUUAUCUCUGUGGGAAUGCUCCGGUUUGUUUAUCUCACAGGCAUUAGAAAAAGUUCAUUAGAGUGAAAACAGAUGUUAACAGAUGUUACGUUCAAAGUUUUAGAUUGAUACUCUUUAUCUUCUUCUGAAAACACAUCUGUCUGGAAUGCAGUGCCGUACUGUCAAGUCAGGCGAAGAUCUAGGUUGUAAUUAUUUUCGAUAAAACACGAGAAUUAUGAUAGUUGUUUUGUAAAGUAUUCUUCUUAGUGCCCUCAAUCAGCUGUCAUACGUCCCCCCCCCCCCCUCUUUUAUUUUAUUUGAAUUUUUUUAAAGAAGUAUGCAGCUUGAACAUGCAACUGCUAUGUUCUGCACAUUAGGGCAGUGCACAUAGAAUAUAUAGGAUAUUUUUAUAUUUUUGCGCCAAGAGAAGCAGUUAUUUUGGAAGAACGUACUUUUAGCUUUAUAAAGGAAAGGAUUCACUGCACUCCUGUAGCAACAAAACAUUUUGUUGGCACUCAUUACGCAUGGCUUGUGUGUAGACAUCACCUCAUUAAAAAAAAUUAUUAUUAUUUUUUUUGCAUAGUAUUUGCAUUUUUAUCACCCACCUCAGGAUGCGAACACUUUUUCAGACCUCAUUUAAAAUGUAUUGAGUGCAAAUGGAUUUGCAGAUGUUUACUUAAAAAAGAAAAGAAACGCCUGAGUAGUAUUGGCUCUAAUAUGCACUCCACAUAAAUUAUUUCUGUUAUUGCUGUUUAAUGAAAGUGUUACGUGUGUUACAACAUCUGUUUUUACGAAUGUUUUAACGUUUAACAGGAGCCAAAAGGACAUUUUUUAAAAUCAAGGCGAUGGGGUUGGCAGGGUGGAGCUUGUGUUGGUCAUUGUGGCAUCUUUCCUUUCGUGAUUUGUAUUCGUUUCUCUCUUAACGUCAUGCUGCGUCCCAAUUCGCCUACUUAUACUAUGCACUAAAAGUAUGGACUCUUUUUGGGAAGGAAAAGUACAUGGUUUUGAGUGCGUGGCAAAAGAGCAUGUAACUGGGACAUACUAACACGUCAUGUAACGGAAGAGAGCGUCGUUGCCUAGUUACACGCACCGUCACCGUGAACAAACUCCUCGUCGCAUUUCAGCUUUUCUUCAUUCAUUAUUCAUUAAAUCAUUUAUACUAGAUCAUUUAAUUUACCAUUCCCUUGAUUUUCUUUUUCACUCCAAAUAACAAAAAAAUAGACACAUCCAAAAUGAUUUAAAAACAAACAAAAAAACACUUCAAAUAACACAACAAAAUUUGAGAGUGAUAGUUUAUAAUUUCACCUUCAGAGGCCGCUCUCGUACUGUAUAAUGACAACCGACCCUUCUCAGCCGCUCCCGAUGCAACCAGGAAAAACUAUCGGUGUGAAUAUUUGCCGAAAACUGCUGGUUAACGAUGCUGAUUAAUCGGCAAAACGAUCAAAUCGGUCAGGUGCUAAUUGGGACGCAGCCUCAGUGUGCCACAGAUGCUAGCAUGUGUGCCGUUUGCUUUUUUACAUUUUUUAUUUUAUUUUAAACAUACAUCUCUCAAGAGCUGUUCAAAGAUUGUGGACAAGUUUAGCUUGUUCUGGUAGACUUAGCAUUUAGCAGACGAUUCCUGGUUGGAGUAUUGUCUCGUCUAAAUGCAGGCUGAGCAGACAUGCAGCACAUCUUCAAGCACAAAUCUUUAUACAAGACCCUUAAACGGUAAACAAUUAACUUUAGGCGACUGAUUUGCUCUAGAGUAAAGUAAGCUUGUAUAGGGACUUUGGGAGGAAUUUUAUGUGGGAAGUUUCGGAUGUUCGCGUGUUGUGUUUUGCACAUGGAGUAGUUCUGCUAUUGGAUGAGAAUGCUGUUUCUGAGAAACAGGAACGUGUUCCAGCUUUGGUGAGAUGCCGUAGAGAGAGCAGUAGAGUUAUGAAGCACAGUCUGUCUCUAGUAGGUCAGAGGAUGAACGUUGUAGUGUGUGUGUGUGUGUGUGCGUGUGUGCGUGCGUGCGCGCUCUUGUCUAAGCUUAAACCAACAUCAACAGCUGUACUGGAGGAGGCACUGCACCGGGUGCUAGCAGUGCCUUUCUUAAGAUAAGAAGGAAAAAGUUUACACAAAAAAUAAAUAUGUAUAAUGUACAGGUAUUUUUGUAAAUGGGUCAGAUUUGGGGUUUUUCUUUUUUUUUGUUGUUGUUGUUGUCAUUUCCUAGUUAAACAAUGGGAAAUAAUUUAAGUGUUUUUUUUUUUUUUUUAUUCUGGUAUUAGUGAGAUUUGUUUAGUAAUUUUUCUAUUAUUUUCACUGUUAUCUUCGUCACUUGAUUCCCAUAGUUUUCAAACAACAACAACGCAGUUAAACAUCCGCACAGUAUUUCCUGAUGUUCUUGUACCACAUAUUCAUGGAAACGUUGCCAGAUAAAUGCGCUGGAUGAUGUGAGGUUUUGUGUUUGCAUGGAAUAUGUCAUGAAAAUCAUUUGAAGGGAAAUCGCUGUGCUCGUGAUUAAAAAAAGGUGAUGUGUAUUUCUUAAUGUUGCAUCAACUGAAGAAAUAAAUAAAUAAAUAAAUGAAAACAUUCUCCAGUGCACUGAUCUGGAAUACAGUUUUGUAUUUGGCUGGUGGUUUUUUUUUUUAUUAUUAUUUUUUAAAAACGAUUUAUUUCACUUUAAGGACUUUUUGUCAUGCAAUGUUGAAAGAAAAAAUAAAGCUUAAUGCAUGGUGUAAAACUCUGA